CGCUGCCCUGAAGUAAAAUGGCGGCGCUCAUGAGGCGAACGAGGGAGGCCUUUUCCCUCCUCAGGCCGGCCUUGAGGAGCCCCGGCGGCCCCGAGGGAAGGAGAGGGCUGCGGGGGCUGAGGAGGAGGCCCCUCCAAGUCCUGCCUCCGGCUGCGCAGCAGCAACCAGCCUCGCCUAGAGGGCUUUCCCCAUUUCCCGAGGCCCAAAGCGGGCUCAGGAAGAAGGCCCCGGUCCCAUGGAAGAAGGAGAAGAAGAAGGCCCCUCAGGAAGAAGAAGAGGAGGAGGAGGAGGCCCAGCUGCGCUAUGAGCGAGCGGGGAUGGGAGACAAGAGGCUGAGCAAAGUGGUGACGCUUGCCAAGUCGAGGGCUUUCCGCGAGAAGCACGGGAAGAUCGUUCUGGAAGGCAGGAGGCUCAUCCUGGACGCCCUGGAGGCGGGCGCCGUUCCCCAGACGCUCUUCUUCAGCGCCGUGGAUCACGUCAAGGAGCUGCCGGCGGCCAAGCUGAAAGGCGCCAAUCUCAUCAAGGUGAAAUUUGAAGACAUCAAGACCUGGUCCGACGUCGUGACUCCUCAGGGGAUGAUCGGAAUCUUCUCCAGGCCAGACCAUGCCAAAAUGACUUAUCCUGAGGUCCAGCGCCACCAUCGGCUGCCUCUUUCACUCAUCUGCGACAACAUCCGUGACCCGGGAAACCUGGGCACCAUCCUGAGGUCGGCAGCCGGAGCAGGCUGCAGCCGGGUGUUGCUUGUGAAAGGAUGCGUUGACGCCUGGGAACCCAAAGUGCUCCGGGCGGGGAUGGGCGCUCAUUUCCGCCUCCCCAUCAUUUCCAACCUGGAAUGGGAGGUCGUGCCCAACUACCUUCUCCCCGAAAGCUGUGUCUACGUGGCUGAUGGCUCCCACGCUGCCCCUCAAGUUGAGACGGAGCCGCCGCGCCCAGCCAAGGCCAGUAGCCACGGCUGGGUCGCCAGGCCCUACAACCUGAAAGCCCAGCUGGACCGACCGGAUCGGAGUGACCAUCUGGACAGCCUGGAGGAGCACGAAACGGUUGAGCUGGAAGCCCAGUGUUGCUAUGACCCGUGGAUGGACGUUCGCGUGGCUGUGGUGAUUGGGGGGGAAACCCACGGCGUGAGUGAAGAAGCCAAGCAGCUGGCGCAGGAAACGGAGGGGAAAAGGUUACUCAUCCCCAUAGUCCCCGAAGUGGACAGUCUGAAUGCCGCCAUGGCUGCUAGCAUACUGCUCUUCGAAGCCAAGAGACAGCUGCGACUAACGCAGCAGGCGGAGGUCGAGACAACCCAUGCUCCUGGGCACCUAUGGCAUCGCUGAGGAUGUAAAACAAGAUGCACCACCCCAAGCUGCCUUGGGAGCCCUUUCUCACCCUCUCAGUGAAAUUGCUCCCACAGCUCCAUUAUGGAAGGAGCCCAGAAAAUGUCAGGAAGACAGGCAACUGAGGCUUCAGAGUCAGUUAAGUCAAAGCUGUCCUGUUUUGAAAUCCCAAGCUUGCUCCCUCACGAGUUUAGAGAGCCAAAACACCUCCUCCCGGGCGGCAUUUGCCAAGGUAUAUUUGAAAAGAGCCUGCUUUUUCCCACCCAAUUUUUCUUCCUUUCCUGGCAGAAAAGGCGGCAUUGCUGUCUGUAUUACUCAGCAGCUGGCGCAAGAUCCGGAAUGACAUCAGCGUCUCUUUCUGAUCUCCUGCCAAGGGCACAAAACAGAUCUUCACCUUUGGCAGGCUACUUUGGGCCGCCCUCUUUCUCCGUUAACUCCAGCCUCUUUGUUCAGGCAUGUUUGUGUCUCUUCCUGGUUCCAGUUUUCUUUCCUGCUGCGGAGAUACCUUUCCCCCUCCAGCGCCAGGUUGGGCUGACUUUGCAAAUUCCUGCUUGGAAAAACAUGCCCAUUUCUAAGAGCUUUUUCUCCGUUUCGGCCUCCGGACGGAAAACUCAGGCGGCCUGUUCUCUCCCACGGAUUGCUUCCUGAGCGUAAAAAGCCAGCCUACUAUUAAAGACUUGCUCUUGUUUUCUGCUGAAGAGCAGCCUUGCUGUUUGCAUGGAGAUCAGAUGUGCACAGAAUAAAGACUUUAUUAUUGCUCUCA